AUGGCGGUGUUCACACUAACUGUCCAAAUCUUACUCAUUCUCUUCGGCCAAAAGAGAAAGUCCAGCCACAAUCUCAAGCUCAGGAUCGCCGUCUGGUGUGCGUACCUGACUGCAGACUCCGUGGCCACCGUCGCCCUCGGCGUCCUCUCCAGCAAGCUUGGUGACGUGAAAGAGAGAAAUGGUGGUCGUAUCGGCGACAACGACAAGUUGCUCGCAUUCUGGUCCCCACUGCUUCUACUUCUCUUGGGGGGGCCUGACACAAUCACUUCCUAUUCUCUGGAGGACAAUGCUCUCUGGCUCAGGCACUGCCUUGGCCUUGUGGUUCAAACAUCAGCCACCUCAUAUAUCAUCUUCAUGGCCUGGACAAGAUCUUAUCUCUCCUACCUCUCGUCAGUGAUGGCAUUGGUUGGGAUAGUCAAGUACGGGGAGAGAGUGUGGGCUCUUUGGAUGGCAAGCAACGACAAGCUCAAGCAGUCGAUGCUGGCCCUGCCUGAUCCCAGCCCGAAUUACCCCCGUUUCAUGGAUGAGUACACUUUGAAGCAGGCCGAGGGGUAUUACGUCAUGGCCGAUGAGGUGAUAGAGGACCAAGUGCCGGAAGGUAUUUAUAGUAGUGGUGAUGAUCCGGCCAGAGUGAUUGAUUCUGAGGACAUUGGGACAGCCUUUCGCCUACUUCAGAUGUUCAAGCGCCUCUUUGUUGAGUUGAUACUCAGCCAUGAUGAGAGGAAUGCUAGCAAGUCCAUAUUCAAGGCGAUCGGCAAUGACCAUCAGAAAGCAUUUAGGAUCGUUGAGAUCGAGCUCGGGUUCAUCUACGAUUUGCUCCACACAAAGGCAAUGGUGCUUGACACCAAGUGGGGACUCCGGCUCCGCUUGUUCACUUUCUCGACCACUCUGUUGGUUUUGGUGCUCUUCUCUUGGGCCAAGAAGUCACACCUUUCGAGGGUCGAUCUUUCCAUCACUUACUUGUUGCUGGCCGCCAUUGUUUUCUUCGAGACCUAUUCAAUAUUGAUGCUGAUUUCAUCGGAUUGGUGCGACGUUUGGUUGCGCAAGCACAACAAGACCCGUGUUUUCGGACGUGCCGUGACCUUCAUGAGAUUGCCUAGACAACCCAGGUGGUCACAUUCAAUUGGCCAAUUCAGCUUGCUCAGCUUUUGUAGUAAAGAAAGGCCCUUGGUUUGCGGAAAUGUGCUCGAGUUCUUGACGAUCAGGGAGAAGCUAGAGAAAUAUCACUACACUCUUCAUGAAGACAUGUCCAACGAGAUGAGGGAUUGGAUCUUCCGUCAUGUCAAGGAAGAUCUGCUCUACGUUGAGAAGAAUGACGCGCCCGUCCGCACGGAUAUUCACGAGUCUCUCGCUACGCUACUCAAAGGUUAUGGCCUCGCUCAAGCUGAGUGGGCCACCGAGGGGGAUUUCGACAAGGUUGUCCUAACUUGGCACAUUGCCACCGAACUAUCAUACUACUCAGAUCAAGAGGAAGGGCAGAGCGAAUCCGAACUCCCUCAUUUUCGGGCGGGCAAGCUUCUCUCCAGGUACAUGUUUUAUCUUCUGGUCAUGUACCCUUCUAUGCUACCCAGUGGAAUCGGAGAAAUAAGGCUACGCGACACUUUCGCCGAGGCUUUAAAGUUCUUUGAGGAUCACCAAGUACCCAGUUCAGAACCGAAUGGAAAGCCCAAUUGGUGGAUAAAAAAUCAAGUGAUCAAUAGAGGGAAGAGAAAUGAAAUGAGCUCGUAUCUUCAGCGAGCUUCUAGAAUGCUGCUAGAGGUGAACACCGAAGUCCCUCCAAGUAAAGUGAAGGGCGGAAAGAGCAAGUCAGUGCUGUUCGAUGGAUGCAGGAUCGUGGCGGAGAUCAGACAGAGGGAAAUACGCAUAAAGUGGGAAACGAUCGCGAAGCUCUGGGUGAAGAUAUUGAUGUACGCCGCGAGCCAAUGCAGAGGGGAUCGUCAUGCUGGGCAGCUGAGGCGAGGGGGAGAGCUUCUGACCCAUGUUUGGCUCCUGAUGGCUCAUUUCGGCCUGACUGAUCAUUUCCAGAUGACCCAAGGCCAGGCCAUUGCUAAGCUCAUAUUGAAAUAG